GUUGGGUGUUUUGGUUCUGAGAUCUAACAAAUUCUAUGGUCCCAUUAUUAGGCAACGAUCAGAGGUUGAUGAUGGUUCUGAUCAUCCCUUCCCAAUGCUACAUGUGUUUGACAUCUCUGUAAAUAAUUUUACAGGAAAAUUGCCAUUGGAAUAUAUAUGUCAUUGGAAGUCGAUGGUGGUUACAGAUGUACCUCCUCAACUGGCCGGUUAUGUAAGUUUGCAAAAUGUAUCUGCUGGCUAUCAAGAUACGCUCGAGAUUGUAAGCAAAGGAAUAUAUUUGGAGAUGGAAAAGAUCUUCAACACCUUCACUUCAAUAAACCUUUCUCACAACAAGUUUAGAGGAAACAUUUCAGCUGCAUUAAUUGGGGAACUAAAGGCACUCAUGGGGCUCAAUUUAUCAGCAAAUGACCUCAUAGGCCAAAUUCCAGCUUCAUUUACUCAGUUGAUCAGGCUCGAGUCGUUAGAUCUUUCCAGCAACAAUUUAUCAGGUGAAAUCCCCCAACAAAUGGCAAGUACUCUCACAUCUCUUUCAUUUUUGAAUCUAUCACAAAACCAUCUCACAGGAAUGAUACCACAAGGAUCCCAAUUUGCAACAUUUUCAAAUGCUUCAUAUGAAGGGAAUGUGGGAUUAUGUGGAUUUCCAUUAUCAAAAAGAUGUGGAUCGGAAGUAGAAAGAGCAUUACCUCCAGCAGCUUCGACGAGACUUGAAGAAGAAGAAGAAGAAGAUUUUACAAUAAUUGGUUUACUUGAUUGGAGAUUUGUGAUUGCAGGGUAUUGUUCUGGAAUGAUAAUUGGGGUGGUGAUUGGACAUACUAUGUUUUGGAGGAUCAUUGGAUGCUUCAAGUUAACAUCAAGAAUGGAAAGAUUCAAACCAAAGCGAAAGUCGUCAAAGAGAAGAAGAUCUAAAGCCAUGGGAGAGUAAAAUGAAAAGCUAUCAUCAGAUCA